UUUCGUGACGUCACACAUCGGGAAAAUGGCGGUUCAAUUCGCCAGCUUCGUCAAAAGAUUGAAAUAUUUCUCAUCACUUUCGCCUUUAUAUCAAUGGAUCUUUUAAUUCAAAAGAAUGGCGGAACCCAGAAGAUUGCAAUUUACCACUUUGGAUAAUAACAAAGAGACUACAAACUCGGAAACCCCUGUGUGUACUGCACGUUUCGUGCUGUCUCUCAAAGAAUCCACCGACGAAACAUGCUCGGAGUUUUCUUACACGGAAUUACUGAAAAAGCAUUCGUCUUCUAAGAAUGGAGUGCGUAAGGAAAAGUCCUCAGAAGACGGUACAGACAAGGCGAGGAAUGACUUGUCAGGGCCGUUUGGAGAUGAAGAUGACCCAGACGAAGUGGCAAGCAUUGCCCGACAAUUUGAGGAGAAAUAUGGCCCAAAGCCAGGAACAAAAAAGAAGCGACCAGUGAUAGAGAUGGUGGACUUAGGAGAGGGAUACGAUGAGAACGAUCCUUUCAUAGACAACUCUGAGGCCUAUGAUGAGUUGAUGCCUUCAACAUGGACGACACGUUUAGGUGGAUUCUACAUCAAUUCAGGAAAGCUGGAAUUCCGAGAACUGUCCGACGAUUCCAUGGAAGCUUUUCAAAAGUCAGCUCCACUCCAAAAAAAGAGGAAGAAGCAGGUAAUCGCCUCAGACUCGGACUCUGAAAAGGAAGAAAAGACAAAAGAAAACAAAAAAGUUGUAGUUAAGGUGAAGAAGAGAAAGUUAAAAGAUGGCAUGGAGGGUGAAGAAAAGAAGCGCAGGAAGAAAAAGCUGAUGAAUGGAGAAGGCAUAGAAAAGUCAUUUAAGAAACCUAAAAAACCAGAAGAAAAAGAGAAACUGAAAAAGAAGAAAUUGUCGCCGACAGUGGGUGAACUGCUGAAACAACAGACCCAGUCGACGGCCACACCUACCUCUAUAAGUAAUGAUCUGAACUCAGACAGCCAGGAAAGCAAUGAUUCUUCUCAAGAUGGAAAGUCGGAUAAAGUGUCUAUGGAUAACAUGGGCGGUAACAACAAGGAGGAUUCCAACAGUAGGGAGGCUGGGGAGACCAAGACUGUGGAUCCUUCACAGAUUCCUAAACUUCCUCAAGGAAUUCCACAGCAGCUCGCAGACACCAUAGGAAAGUUGAAAGAGGCUGCUAAACACUCGCAGGACGGCAAGUGUAAAUUCUUCUCCAAUGAUGUCAACUCCAUGUUACUGAAGUGAGUACCAUGUUUUACUAAAUGUAGUUCAGUAGCUUCAUUUUACUGAAGUUGUUACUAGA